AUCGUGUGGCAGACCCGACUAAUCAAUCCGCGUUGUUGACUUGUUCGAUCUCGGAUUUCCUGGUCAGAUGAGAGCACGGGAAACACCUCAGCUAAACAUCACUCUGACUCUGUAACACAGCAGAAGUCAAUCAUUAGCAUAAACCAACUGAUCUAUCCUACUGAAGGACUACAUUCGAGUUCUCCGUGAGUUUUCCCCCCUGUCUCAGUCUUGAAGAUGUCUGCGUCCGCUGGCGGUGCUGGAUCACCGGGAUCGGGCCUCUCCGCCGGCCCGGCUGCGGCUACCGGCUCCGGUAUGUCCAUGUUCCGGUGGCUGGAGGUGUUGGAGAAGGAGUUUGACAAGGCAUUUGUGGACGUGGAUCUGUUGUUGGGAGAGAUCGAUCCGGAUCAGGCUGAUAUCACGUAUGAGGGCCGCCAGAAGAUGACCAGUCUCAGCUCGUGUUUUGCUCAGUUGUGCCAUAAAGCACAAACCAUCUUCCAGCUCAACCACAAACUGGAGGCUCAGCUGGUGGACUUACGGUCAGAGCUGACGGAUGUCCAGGCGGAGAAGGUCGUGGUGGAAAAGGAAGUUCACGAACAGCUUCUGCAACUCCAUGCCAUGCAGCUCAAACUCCAAGCCAAAGGAGGCCAGGCGGUCGAUUCUGACUCCAUCAAGGACAGGAUGGAGAAGGAAUUGGAGGCCAGUAAGAAGGAAAAAGUCAAGGAGGUCAAGCUGGAGGCAGAGGUUAAGAUGCUAAAGAAGGAGAACGAGGCCCUCCGAAGGCACAUUGCUGUGCUGCAGGCUGAGGUUUAUGGAGCCAGGCUGGCAGCCAAGUACCUGGAUAAGGAGCUGGCUGGACGGGUACAGCAGAUCCAGUUGCUUGGGCGAGACAUGAAAGGACCAGCUCAUGAUAAACUGUGGAACCAGCUUGAAGCAGAGAUUCACCUGCAUCGCCACAAAACAGUGAUCCGAGCCUGCAGGGGGCGCAACGAUCCCAAGAAACCCUUGCCAUCACCUGUAGGCCAUGACACAGAUUCUCUGAAAAAGACUCAAGGAGUGGGCCCUAUACGCAAAGUGGUUCUGACCAAAGAAGAUCAUGAAGGACUUGGCAUCUCCAUUACUGGCGGUAAAGAGCACGGCGUUCCCAUCCUCAUCUCCGAAAUCCACCCUACCCAGCCUGCAGAGCGCUGCGGAGGACUGCAUGUGGGAGAUGCCAUAUUAGCCGUCAACAACAUCAACCUGAGAGAUGCGAAGCACAAAGAGGCCGUCACCAUCCUCUCACAGCAGAGGGGAGAAAUUGAGUUUGAGGUGGUUUAUGUGGCUCCAGAAGUGGACUCAGAUGAUGAGAAUGUGGAGUAUGAAGACGACAGCGGGCACCGCUACCGUCUGUACCUGGACGAGCUGGAAGAGGCAUCAGCAGCCAAUCACAACAAUGGCACUGCUGACCCCGCCUCCCUACAAGCUGUAGGGAAGCACUUAGUGAACAACAGAACAGAGAACGGAGACGUGGGCUUGUCCAGCGAAUGCCCUUCAGACGACAAAACCUCCAAAACAGCAGAGUCUGCAGAGAGCUCAUCCUAGACACUGAAAAACCCCCAGAAGAAAACGGCAGACAUCAGUAAGAGAUGAAGACUGAACAUGUAUAAUAUGUAACAUAUAGGAGAUUCUUGGUUUUAUUGCAUAUGGAGAACAGUCUGCUUUUACGUCCACUGGAGAUUGAGGAACCACUGAGAAACACUGAGAGAAGAGGACAUGAUGGCACUCGGUGGAUUAUUAUUAUUUUUUGCUAAUAUUUGUCAUCAUUUUGGGUUAUAUAAAGGGACACAAAAUGACCAUCUGCGUUGGAGAGCGAGUAAAUCGAGUUUAUGGUAUAACAAUGUUGGAUCCUUCUGUGUAUCUUCCAUAGAUGAGCUCAAACUUUCACACUGUACUGAAGUAGAUGGAUAUAGAAUCGAGUUACUGUUUGCUCAGAAUGUGUGUGUGUGUGUGUGUGUGUGUGUGUGUGUGUGUGUUUGUGUGUGAACAUAUGUUUCUAACCUCUUGAUCGUGAGUCGAUCCUGCUUGUUUGUCUUCUGAUCUAAAGCGAAGGCAAACAGGAUGAUUUUACUUCCUGUUUUGCACACCGGGUGGUCAGUAGGUGACGGGGACAGAAACGAGUGUGUUGUAUUAAACGUGCACAUCCACAUGUGCUUUCAUUGG